AUGGACCAUGAUGCGACGAAGGGCAUUGCUUCCCUGGCCACCAAGUGGAUCUCCAAGGCUGCGGCUACUCAGCGAAGUGGGCGCGCUGGGCGGACUCAGCCCGGAAUCUGCCUGCGGCUUUAUCCGAAGCAGUUCCAUGCCACGGCCAUGCCCGACUUCGAGCCCCCGGAGUCGAUGUCCCUGUCUUUGGACCGGCUCUACCUGCAGGCCAAGCAGUUGUCGGAGCGGCUGGGCAGGAGCCUCGACGGCCCUGGCGUGCCGCGGCAAGCAGCACAGCUUCUGGCGCAGAUGCCCGAG